CCGGCUCCCUUCGGUUCCUCCUCUCAGCUCCGGUCGCAAGGUCGUGGCCCGGAAGUAAAGGGGCCAUGUUGGUGGGUGACCCUAGGAGAGGUACCGGGCGAGAGGCGAAUCGCGAGUAGAGGAAGUGCGCGCGGUCCUCAGCUUGACGCCCAGCCCCUGUCAGUCCCCCAUGGCCUCAUGGAGCCGAGAGGCGGUGCUGAGUCUCUACCGGACUUUGCUUCGCCAAGGCCGACAGCUUCGCUACACUGAUCGAGAUUUCUACCUUGCCUCCAUCCGCCGUGAGUUCCGGAAAAACCAGAAACUGGAGGAUCCCGAGGCCCGGGAGAAGCAGCUGGAAAAGGGCCUGGUCUUCCUCCACAGCAAGCUGGGAGGGAUCAUUUAGGAUCCUCUCCUUUCCCCUCCCAUCUUAAUUCCAAGGGAAAGAGGACACAGGUGCCUUCCAGAGACACACCUGCCUCUCUCCCACCUCCACCUCACAGAUGCAUUAAGAAGUCUCAGGUGCGCGAUGGCAGGCUCUGGUGAGCGCAA